AUGGGGAAAGCUUCCGGCACGAAACAGGCGACUGUGGUGGUCGCAGCUUUGGCUUUUGGUUGGUUAGCUAUAGAGAUCGCUUUCAAGCCUUUUCUCGACAAACUCCGUUCCUCAAUCGACAAAUCCGAUCCGGCCAAAGAUCCUGAUGACGCCGACGCCGCCGCUGCUGCUGCUGAGACUUCCUCCGACUAG